AUGAUGCGUCGUUUAUCGUCCACACUACCUGUGUCUUUAUUGUUCUUCUUAUGUCAACAACAAGAGCAGCAACAACGACAAUUGCACUCUGGUAGGGAAAAUACACCAAAGAGACGUGGAGCUCCUCAUCUUCGCCGAAAAGUAUCACCUACGGCCUCUGCCUUAGAGCAUAGUGAAGAUGUGGCACAACGUGAGGAACGAUUAGACGUUGAAAAACAUUUUCCAAUUGCCAUGUCACACCUUAAAAUGCCACCAGUUACAUCAUAUGCAGCUGAUGAACGAAAGAAACAAGAGUGGAAAGAUAUUGUACGUACAGUGAAUGCUGAUGGACACCGCUUUUCAAAGGAUGAUAGUGGAGUUCCUCCCUCCUUUUUUGAUCAAGGUAGUGUUGAUAUUCGUAGUAAAACCGCAAGGUAUACAGCCUCUUCAGCAGCAACAUAUUCACGAAGGGAUGUUGUCUCACCGGAUGUGCUACAACUCUCUGGUGGUACUUUACGACAGCAUGGAAUGGCCCUUGCAGAUGAGAGUAAUGCAUCGCCUGCUGAUGCCACUAUUGAAGCUGAAAGUGAUGAGGAAAAAAAUGUAUACGGUGAUACACCUUUGCAACUGACAGAUAUGCUUAAGGAGCGAUUGAUGGAGCUUAAAGCAGAGAAGUUACGUGAAGAUCGUAUUGACACCUAUUUACCCCGUCGUUUAAGACUCUUAUCAGAUGAUGAGUUACAACAGCAACAUCAGCAACAGGAAGAAAAAGAAAAAAAAGAGGAAGCGGAAGGUUUAAAAAGUUUAAAACGUAGUCGAUUAAAAAAAGCACCUACCAACUUGGCAGAUGUUAUUGUGGGAGAUGUUAAUGAUGAUGUUAGUGAUAUUACAAGUGAUAAUCAAUUAAUGUCCAAAUCCCAAAGUGUUUCUACUGCUAUGAAUGACAUUAUUCGAAAAUCAGCAGAUUUAAUUCCUGGUGGUUCAUCCUAUGAUCCACUUAGUGGACGUGUAGGAAAUUAUGAUACAGUUCUUGAGAACGAUUCAACUAUUCCUGAUGGAUCUGUUUAUCUCCUUCGCUGUUUACCACGUGCUGGUUUUUGUAGUCGUCGUGAAGCUCUAACUAUUAUUGCUAGUGGUCAGGUACGAGUUGAUAAUGUAGUGGAAAGGAAUCCUUUUCGUUUAGUUAGGGCUGAAAAUAACAUUCAUGUGGCUUCUCAUAGUGGUCGACUCAGAUUUGCACCACCACGACUCUGGAUGUACCACAAACCAGCACAUGUAAUUGUAUCUAGAAAUGAUGUAGCCGGUCGUACAUUAAUUACUAAACAUGCCCGAAUAUUAGGUAUGGAUCACCUUGUCCCUGUUGGAUCUCUUCCUAUGCGAGCUCAUGGAUUACUUCUUCUUACAAAUGAUGGUGAACUUUCCCGUUUUCUUGAAAAUCCAAAAUCUAUGAUACAGCGGACAUACCUCCUACGUGUACGUCCUGCUAUUGAUCCUGUUUUAGCCCAUAAACUAAACACUGAGGGUUUGAUAGUAAAUGGUAAACGAUGGGAUAAUGUUGAAUUUUUAGUUAAUCCAGCAAUGAAAUCACGUUUCUCUCUUAAAAUUAAAAUACGAGGUGAAACUUUGCCAGUUUCUCACAUUAUGCAGCACCUUGGACGAAAUGUGGAACGUGGAGGUCGUAUAUCUUUUGGUCCAUUCUCAAUCAGUGGGCUUCCUGUAGGUUCUGUACGUGAGGUGACGGUUCCACCACACUAUACUAAACAUUCAGGUGCUGUUUGGAAAGAAUUUAUCGAACGUGAUUGGCCCUUUUUUCGACGUCAGCGUGUAUCACGUCUCCGUCGAUUAUCUCGUUACCGUGAGUUAACUCCGAAGGAGUUGGAGGAGCUUGAUAACUUUACAUAUGAAGAAUUAAAAGAUGCAUUGAAUUUUGAAUCACAAGAAUUAAAGGAAGCAUCUAUGGAGAAAAUUCGACACAUGUCUGUUAGACCAUCAUUAGAUGAAAAACCAUUACCCAAUGACCUUGGAGUUGUUGACAUUGACGGUGUUGCUGAGAUUCCUGAGGAGGAUGAAAUUAUUGAAGACAUCACGGCAGUUAUGUAG